CUGACGUCCCUUUCCCCUUACUUAUAUUUCCCUUGUAACGAUCUUGAAAUGUCGUUUGAAAAUACGGGAAUUUCUGAACAUGAUAAAGAAGUUUUGGACAGAUUGUUUAAUCCAAACUUACCGUACGGUGAUGUAGUUGAAGACAAUAAAGACACACCAUCUACUGAAGAGGAAGUUGAAACUGAUGAAAUAAAACAAGUAAAGAUUCUUGAAGCAGAUGGAGUUAAGGCAGCUGAAUCUGGGGACCUACAUAAGUCACUGGACCUCUUCUCUAAGGCCAUCAAUGUAUUACCUAGGAGGGCAUCUGGAUAUAAUAAUAGGGCACAGGCCCUUAGACUUAAAGGAGAUAUUGAGGGUGCCAUAGAUGAUUUGAAUAAAGCUAUUGAUUUAAGUAAUGGACAUGGUCAAGUAGCUUGUCAGGCCUAUACACAGAGAGGAUUAAUCUACAAACUAGAAGGCAUGGAAGAAGAAUCUCUAGAAGAUUUUAAACAUGCAGCUUCUUUAGGAGGACAGUUUGCAAAGCAGCAGGUGGUUGCCAUGAAUCCAUAUGCUGCCAUGUGUAAUCAGAUGUUGUCAGAAGUCUUUCAUAAAAUCAAAUGUGGAGAAAUGUAGGUCAAGGACAAAUGAAUGAAACCUGGAAGAGUCAUAUUAUGUUUUUGUUGCAUCAAAAUACCACUUCAUUAUUUGAAUGACCAUAAAAUAUUCAGUUUGUUAUUUUAAUACAUUUUUUUUCUUGAUUACCAAUGUAUUCUAGAUUUCAGAAGAGAAAAGCAAAAGUUUAAGAAAAAAACCAUUAAUGAAUUAGAAUUUUGUAACAAUGAUAAAGCCCUUUUCAGUAUUAAUAUAUUUUUCAAUAAUGUUGUGAUGUUCUAAAAAGUAUUUUUGUUUUAUUUGUUUUAGUAAAGUAGAUGAUAAGAAAGUUGAUGCUACAGUGAUCUAAUUUAGUGUGGGUCUGAGGUCCUGGACCUGUGUUUUCUGUGAGGAAACUUUUCAUUUUUGAAUUACAAAAGUCAAAGACCUUCCCUUCUUUACACUGAUACAGGACCUUUGACUUUCUUAAGCAGAACCUUUCAUUAUUUAAAGUAAAUUUGAACCCCGGUACUACAAAGUGAUCUGAGAAUGCAACUGUUAUUAUACGACCGCAAAAAUUGACAAUUUUUUGGUCGUAUAUUGGUAUGACGUUGGCGUCGUCGUCGGCGACGGCGUCGUCCAAAGACACAUUGGUUUUCGCAAUCUAACUUUAGUUUAAGUGAAUGGAUCUCCAUGAAAUUUUACCAUAAGGUUCAAUACCACGAAAGGAAGGUUGGGAUUGAUUUUGGGGGUUAUGGUACCAACAGUUAAGGAAUUAGGGGCCAAAAAGGGGCCAAAAAUAAGCAUUUUUGUAACUUCCAGACAAUAACUUGUGUGUAAGUGUAUGGAUCUCUCUGACAUUGUACCGCAAGGUUCCAUAUCACAAAGGGAAGGCUGUAAUUGAUUUUGGGGGUAAUUGCCUCAAAAUUUUAGGAAUUAGGGGCCAAAAAAGGGGCAAAAAACAAGCAUUUUUCUAGUUUCAUGACAAUAACUUGUGUGUAAGUGUUUGGAUAUUUCUGAAAUUGUACUACAAGGUUCCAUAUCACAAAGGGAAAGCUGGAAUUGAGUUUGGGGGUAAUUGCCCAAAACGUUUAGGAAUUGGGGGCCAAAAAGGGGCCAAAAAACACAUUUUUCUAGUUUCCAGACAAUAACUUGUGUUCAAGUGUAUGGAUCUCUCUGAAAUUGUACUGCAAGGUACCAUACCACAAAGGGAAGGCUGGGAUUGAGUUUGGGGGUGAUGAAUCAUAAGGGGGUUCAAAAAAUUUGGGGGGGGGGAAUU